AAGAUACAACAAUCCGCAGAGUAUAAUCCCCAGAGGGUUUUACGGAUUAGGUUUAAAGCAUCUUUACACCUUCUCUGCCGCAUACUUUUUUCAAAGCUCCCCUCAUUCACUCUCCUUCGACUUCUGAGUCAUACAAAACAAACACAACUCUUGUCCGAAAUCAUCUCUUCGACCUUUUGAUUCAGAUUUAUUCCAUGGAUUCGUGUACUCAAUAAGGUUUUUUCCCUCUCGAAAAACCCAUCAAGCCAAAACAGUUUCUCACCAGAAUCCGAAAAUGUCGACUUUGAACCCGUUUGAUCUCUUGGGAGGUGACGCCGAGGAUCCAAGCCAGAUUGUUGUGUCUUUGCCGAAGAAGGUCGAGAAAGAAGCUCCUGCGCAGCCUGCUAAGGGCGCUAAGCUUCAGACCAAGCAGGCUCCUACUUCUCAAGCUGAGAGGGAGUCAAGGAAUGCUCCUUCAGGAGUUCGUGGUGGUGGUGGUGGUGGUGCGGGUCGUGGACCUCCUCGUGGUUCAUUUAACCCUGGAGGAGACAGACUUCAUGAUCCAAAGGAUGGAGAAAGGACUAGUGGGUUUCGUAGAUACCGCGAAAGUGGUGGUCGGGGAGGUCAACGUGGUGGACUUGCCAAUGGUAGAGCUGGUGAUGGGAGGGUCUUCGAGCGCCGUAGUGGGACAGGUCGUGGUAAUGACCUGAAACGUGAGGGUGGUGGUCGUGGAAACUGGGGUACCCCUGAAGAUGAUAUUCCACCACCAACGGAGGAACCCACAACAGAGGUUGAGAAGAGCCCUGUUGCUGAGAAGGAAGGCGGUGAGGACAACACCACCGAUGCAAAGAAAGACGCUCCUGCUGAUGAGGGAAAGGAGAAAGAACCUGAAGACAAGGAAAUGACGUUGGAAGAGUAUGAGAAAAUUCUGGAGGAGAAGAAGAAAGCUCUGCAAGCCACAAAGGUUGAGGAAAGGAAAGUUGACACCAAAGUGUUUGAGUCUAUGCAACAGCUCUCCAGCAAGAAGACCAACAAUGAGGAAAUCUUCAUCAAGCUGGGAUCCGACAAGGACAAACGCAAAGAUGCUGCUGAGAAAGAAGAGAAGGCUAAGAAGUCGUUGAGCAUUAACGAGUUUUUGAAACCUGCUGAUGGAGAGAGAUACAACCCAAGAGGUGGAUACCGUGGAAGAGGAGGUCGUGGACAGAGAGAUGGAGGAGGCCGCAACGGUGGUCGUGGUCAGAGAGAUGAAAAAGUGAACGGAGGAGCUCCUGCUCCGGCGAUCGGAGACAGUGCUCAGUUCCCAUCGUUGGGCAAGUAAAGACAGACCCCUCUUGGUUCUUCAGCAUCUAUCUAUCUUAUCUCUCUACUCUCUUAGUUUAAUCUUUGUUCUUAAUUCUAUCAUUUUUGUUACACUUUUUCUACAGAACAAGUUUGAGUGCUUUUAAGUUAUGAUGGAAAAAACAAAUUAUAAACU